CAGAAUUUACAUCAAUGGUGUCAUUAAUCAAAGAAAAUUUUCCUCAUAUACAGAGGUACACUCUUCAAUGGAAAGACAGUGAUGGAGAUAUGAUUACGCUUUCCUCCCAAGAAGAGCUGAAUGAAGCGAUCACCUACAGAACUCAGGAGGAUCUCAAUAUCUAUAUAACAGAAUUCUCUGAGGAAAAUUUGAGUGGGUUGUACGGUACAGAAGUGAUUGUUUUAAACAAACGUGAUAGUCUCACACAUCACAAUACACAUCAAACAAAUCCACGCUGGGACAGAAUAAAAUGUUGUAAAAGAGCGGAAGCAGUAAAGGAGGAAUCUCCAGAUAGUCUGCCAGACUUCUUUUCAAUUUCUAGAGUUCCGUGUAAAAUCAAGAGACGUCUAAAGCGAGGCGACAGGAAGCGUCUUCGUCAUCGGUUUCCAGCAACCACCUGCUACUCUCGUCACAGACAUGGCGGGAAGAAACGUCUGCGUGAUGUAAAUAAAUCACUAGAAAACAUGUCCAUUUCAUGAUUGAUAGAUCUAUAUUUGUGUUGAGAUAGAGUUGCAGUUGAUGACUUAUUCCGACUUAUUCCUUUGCCUAGAAUACACAGUGGCGAAUUUAAGGGGGCGCACCCGGCGCUCCCCUAGAAUUGUCAAAGUUAGCGUAAAUCAUAGUUCCGUCGGGAAAAUGUCAAAAUGUCUACUCGGUAGACCUCAUCUGUACCCUACAAAAGCUCUAGAAUCCAGGAGCUUUAAAAAAAAAGAAUCUGGACCAUCUGGGGGCCUCAAGGCGGCCCCAGACCAGCUGCCUACUUUUGGCGCCCCCUCUAACUUCAAUUCCUUGAUCCGCGCCUGAUACCUUAUUUCUUAUUUUGAUGUUUUAAAUGUAUUUUAGACCAAAUAUUCGAUAAAUGCAGCAGACCUAGUUUCUUGUUUAUCUAUGCUGAGUUUUUUUUAAACAGAAAAAGUGUGUGAGGGGAUGGGGGUUGGGAUAAUGUUAGAAAUGUUGACUAAAUUAAGAACAUUGUAAUAAUAAAUUCUCUAUUAAAUGCAUAAUUUUUUUCUAAAUAUAUGUAUCAUUUUAAAGCUGGAACAGUAUGUAAAUAAUUUGUAUACAGUUAGGGGAUUG